AGAAAGAACCAACGGGAGGAAGGAUUGGCUCGAGCAAGAGCGGCGAUUCUGAAAGCAGCUUCAACUGGGAACACGUCGGCGGAUGCCAUCUCCGGCGGGAUCUACCGGAACGCCGGCGCAUUUUAUCAGAGUUACGAAGAGAUGGAGAGAAGGUUGAAGGUGUACGUAUACGAGGAAGGCGAGACGCCCUUAGUCCACGACGGGCCAUGCAAGAGCAUAUAUUCUAGCGAGGGAAGAUUCAUCGGCGAGAUGGAGAGCGGCACCACACAUUUCAGGACUCCAAACCCCAACUUGGCUCACCUUUACUUCAUGCCUUUCAGCGUUGUUUCCAUGGUGAGAUACAUCUACAAGGACGACACCUACGAUGUCACUCCUCUCAGACACUUCGUUUCCGACUAUGUCACUGUCAUUUCCAACAAACAUCCUUUCUGGAAUCGAACUUCCGGCGCUGAUCACUUCAUGAUUUCUUGCCAUGAUUGGGGUCCCAUGGCUUCUGAAGGCAAUGCAUUCCUCUACAACACAUCAAUCAGGGUUUUAUGCAACGCAAACUCUUCAGAAGGAUUCAACCCACAGAAAGACGUGAGCCUACCGGAGAUCAAUCUCUACGGAGGCGAAAUCUCGCCGGAGAUCCAAACACCCCCACCGCCCAACGCAUCAAGGCCCUACCUCGGCUUCUUCGCCGGCGGCAUCCACGGCCCCAUCCGCCCCAUCCUCCUCCACCAUUGGAAAGACAAAGACCCAGACUUACGCGUCCACGAAUACUUACCAGAGGGCCAAGACUACUACUCCUUCCUUUUGCACUCCAAAUUCUGCCUGUGCCCUAGUGGAUAUGAAGUGGCUAGCCCUAGAAUCCCCGAGGCCAUUUACUCCGAAUGCGUGCCGGUUAUUCUGUCGGAACAUUACGUUUUGCCGUUCAGCGAUGUCCUCAACUGGGAUGCAUUUUCGAUACAGGUUGAGGUUUCGGAGAUUCCGAGGUUGAAGGAAAUCUUGUCGGCUGUCACGGACGACAAGUACGUGCGGCUUAAGGAGGGGUUGAGGGCUGUCAGAAAGCAUUUUGUGUUCAACCAGCCCGCGCAGAGGUUUGAUGUUUUCCACAUGAUUUUGCACUCGGUUUGGCUAAGGAGAUUGAAUCUUAGCUUGGGGUGA